AUGGAGGCUGCCCGCGCCGUGCGCUUCCUGCUCUUGGUGUGCGGCUGCCUCGCGCUCCCGCCGCGGGCCGAGCCCGUGUGCCCCGAGCGCUGCGACUGCCAGCACCCUCAGCACCUCCUUUGCACCAACAGGGGGCUCCGCGCCGUGCCCAAGACCAGCUCGCUGCCGAGCUCCCAGGAGGUGCUCACCUAUAGCCUCGGCGGCAACUUCAUAACCAACAUCACGGCUUUCGACUUCCACCGCCUGGGGCAGCUCCGACGGCUGGACCUGCAAUACAAUCAGAUCCGCUCUCUACACCCCAAGACCUUCGAGAAACUCUCGCGGCUAGAGGAGCUGUACCUGGGGAACAAUCUCCUGCAAGCACUAGCUCCGGGCACGCUGGCCCCGCUGCGCAAGCUGCGCAUCCUCUACGCCAACGGAAACGAGAUAGGACGCCUAAAUCGCGGUUCCUUCGAGGGCCUGGAGAGUCUAGUCAAGCUGCGGCUGGACGGGAACGCCCUGGGGGCUCUGCCGGACGCCGUCUUCGCCCCCCUGAGCAACUUGCUCUACCUACACCUGGAGUCCAACCGGAUCCGUUUUCUGGGCAAGAACGCCUUCGCCCAUCUGGGCAAGCUGCGCUUCCUCAACCUCUCUGCAAACGAGCUACAACCCUCCCUGCGCCACGCGGCCACCUUCGCACCGCUGCGCUCCCUCUCCACCCUCAUCCUCUCCUCCAACAGCCUGCAGCACCUCGGGCCACGCGUCUUCCAGCACCUGCCACGCCUUGGCCUGCUGUCGCUCAGGGGCAACCAGCUCUCACACCUCGCCCCGGAGACCUUUUGGGGUUUGGAGGCCCUGCGCGAGCUGCGCCUGGAGGACAACCGGCUGAAUCAGUUGCCUGCGGCACUGCUGGAGCCUUUGCGCAGCCUGGAGGCGCUGGACCUAAGCGGCAACGAGCUGUCCACAUUGCACCCCGCCACCUUCGGCCAUCUCGGCCGCCUGCGCGAGCUCAGCCUGCGCGACAACGCGCUCAGCGCCCUCUCCGGGGACAUUUUCGCGGCCAGUCCGGCCCUCUACCGGCUGGAUCUAGACGGCAACGGCUGGACCUGCGACUGCCGGCUGCGGGGCCUGAAGCGCUGGAUGGGAAACUGGCACUCUCAGGGCCGGCUCCUCACCGUUUUCGUGCAGUGUCGCCACCCUCCGGCUCUUCGGGGCAAGUACCUGGAUUACCUAGAUGACCAGCAGCUGCAGAAUGGGUCUUGCGUGGAUUCUUCGCUCUCUGCUUCCCCGACCGCUGACAGUAGGCGGCUGUUUCUACCCACAGCAGCGGGGGAAAAGAUGGCGCCCCCUGCAGGCAGCCUCGCCGAGGAGUUGCCGCCCCAGCCGCAGCCGCAGCAGCGGGGGCGAUUUCUGCCCGGCGUGGCCUGGGAUGGGACCGUCAGGGAGUUCAUCAGCAACCGCAGCGUACUGAGGCUGAGCCAGCGGGGCCCCAGCCUCCAGCAGCCGGAUCCCUCCGCCGCCGCUGUCGCGGUCCCGGCGCCACACCUGCUGGACCUGCACGAGAAAGCCGAAGGGGGACGCCCGACCCGGGCCGAUCCUGCACUUGCGGAGCCCACCCGGACGGUGGCGUCUGGCUCUGCGCCUCCUCCGGCCGACGACCCCUGGCAGCGCGCGGCGAAGCAGAGCCUGGCCGCGGAGCAGCAGGAGCGCGCCGCCCAGGCCUACGGCAGGGUCGGCCUACCUCCGCUGGUGACCGACCCAUGCGACUUCAACAAGUUCAUCCUGUGCAACCUGACGGUGGAGGCGGUGGGCGCCAACAGCGCCUCGGUGCGCUGGGCUGUGCGCGAGCACCGCAGCCCCCGGCCGCUGGGCGGCGCGCGCUUUCGCCUGCUCUUCGACCGUUUUGGUCAGCAGCCCAAGUUCCACCGCUUCGUCUACCUGCCCGAACGCAGUGACUCGGCCACGCUACGCGAACUGCGCGGGGACACACCCUACCUGGUAUGCGUUGAGGGCGUGCUCGGCGGCCGGGUCUGCCCCGUGGCCCCGCGGGACCACUGCGCCGGGCUGGUCACCCUGCCGGAACCAGGGAGCCGCGGCAGCUUCGACUACCAGCUGCUGACCUUGGUCUUGCUGGCCGUCAACGCGCUGCUGGUGCUCUUGGCCUUGGCUGCCUGGGCGUCGCGCUGGCUGCGGAGGAAGCUGCGGGCCAGGCGGAAGGGCGGGGCCCCGGUCCACGUUCGCCACAUGUAUUCCACCCGACGGCCCCUGCGCUCGAUGGGAACUGGCGUGUCUGCAGACUUUGGGGGAUUCCAGUCGCACCGGCCGCGCACCACCGUGUGUGCGCUCAGCGAGGCCGACCUCAUCGAGUUCCCGUGCGACCGCUUCAUGGACAGCGCAGGCAGCGGGACGGGGGGCAGCUUGAGGCGAGAAGACCAUCUUCUGCAGCGAUUUGCGGACUAG